GGGUGGUUUUGUCACUUUCACACCCCUCAAACUCCCAAAAAAAAAAAAAAAAAAAAAAAAAAAGAAAAACUGCAGUCCAGUGGCAUUAUGCAUGCGCGCUUGCGACGGCGGCGCCAGUGACCGAGUUGAGAGGGUGGGAGGACCAGUGAUCAGUGACCUGGCCACCCGACGCACCAGCCGACGAGAGUUCGUCUUUGAUGUGUGACCUGCCGGUUCAGUGGACCUGAAAUUGUCAGUCAGCAGGCGGGCAGUGCAGCAGCUGUCAGUUAAGAGCUCAAUCGGGGAACGGAGCCGACGAGACAAGAUCAGGAUCUUGGGAGAAAGCCCCUUCUUUUUUGAACUAGAGGUCCUGGCUUGGCUUGUCAGCACCGCAGAUACCCGACUUUUUGGACGACUCUGUGUGGCGACAUAAUUUUUUUCCCCUCUAUUUCCACAGUCUGGCUGCUGGUGUUGCUGCUUGUCAUUCUGUGAGGGGAAACAAAUCGAAGACGGCCUACAUACUGCCUCUUGCUUCUGGCUUCCCCAGUCCAUUGCCGAAACGGGAUCCCCGUUCGUCAUUCUGCUUCCCGCCCGCGCCCAAUCGUCCAACGCAUUCCCGCCAACGGAGCCCAAGCCAAGCCAGGCCUACGCCAGCAGCCAGCCAUCCAGGGAGCCAGCCCACUCUGCCCUUGGACAAGGACUAGACUGGACAGGACAGGACACCCCGCCCUCGCAACGCAAUCCUCACCGUCCUCCGCCCCGCUGCUUCGAAAUUCACGCUCCACGCCGCUCAAAGUUGCGCUGCUACUGAAACCCGCCUGCAAACAAACAAUCGCAUUCUUGGAUCAGUGAGCGUGCAAAGCGUCCUCUCUAUAUCCUUCUCUUUUUUUUUUUUCUUUCUCUCUCCCCGUUUGAUUUUGUUCCCAAUCCACUUCUACGUUUCCACAUGUUCAAAACAUUAUUACCAUCUUUACGCGAUGGAGAUUCCAAAAAGGAUACAAUGUUGAAGACAAGGACCGCCCAUCUCUCAGCCCAUUCUCCGACUUCGUCAUCUUCGCACGAUGAUCCCGAGAACACCGCAGACGAGGAGGAUUCGGAGGAUUACUGCAAGGGUGGCUAUCACCCAGUGCAGAUUGGUGAGAAAUUCAAAGACGGAAAAUACACAAUAGUGCGGAAGCUGGGAUGGGGACACUUCUCGACCGUCUGGCUCUCAAGGGACAAUUCAUCGGGCAAGCACGUUGCCCUCAAGGUCGUGCGAUCCGCCGCUCACUACACCGAAACCGCCAUCGACGAGAUUAAGCUUCUCAAUAAGAUUGUGCAAGCCAAGCCAGAUCAUCCCGGCCGGAAGCAUGUUGUCAGUUUGCUCGACUCGUUCGACCACAAAGGCCCGAAUGGCACACACGUCUGCAUGGUUUUCGAAGUACUAGGGGAGAACCUGCUAGGAUUGAUCAAGAAGUGGAAUCACAGGGGUAUUCCUAUGGCCCUCGUCAAGCAGAUCACGAAACAGGUGCUUUUGGGCCUCGACUAUUUGCACCGAGAGUGUGGCAUCAUACACACGGAUCUUAAGCCCGAGAAUGUCUUGAUUGAGAUUGGGGAUGUCGAGCAAAUUGUCAAGAGGGUUGUCAAGAGCGAGCCUUCAGACAAGGAGAACAACCGGAAUGGGCGCAGACGGCGUAGGACGCUGAUUACUGGCAGCCAGCCACUUCCUUCACCGCUCAAUGCUACUUUUAAUCAUGCAAACCUCUUCCCGUCACCAAGUUCACAACAUUCAAGCCUUGGCCAGAUGCUGCAUGAUGGCGCAAAAAGCAAGUCAUCAACAUCACCUAGAAGGGACGGAGACGACAAACAGAAGCAAAGGGAGAAGUCAGCAGACUUACUCUCAAGGGAGGUUUCGGGUAUAUCACUUGAUAAGACAGGCGAGAAACGCAAGGCCGACGACAACCACGGUUUCGAUGUUAUCAGUGUCAAGAUCGCGGACCUGGGAAAUGCCUGCUGGGUUAGCCACCACUUCACAAAUGAUAUCCAAACAAGGCAAUAUAGAUCGCCGGAAGUGAUAUUAGGGUCUAAAUGGGGCGCAAGUACGGAUGUGUGGAGCAUGGCGGCUAUGGUUUUUGAGCUCAUCACCGGAGACUACCUAUUCGACCCACAAUCCGGUACCAAGUACGGCAAAGACGACGACCACAUCGCCCAGAUCAUCGAGCUUCUGGGUCCAUUCCCCAAAUCCCUCUGCUUAUCCGGCAAGUGGUCACAAGAGAUCUUUAACCGCAAGGGCGAACUGCGCAACAUCCACCGGUUGAGGCACUGGGCGCUGCCCGACGUUCUGAAAGAAAAAUACCACUUCAAGGAGGAGGAAGCCAAGCGAAUUGCUGAAUUUCUGCUACCGAUGCUGGAGUUGGUGCCCGAGAAGCGGGCCAACGCGGGCGGCAUGGCGGCACAUUUGUGGUUGGACGACACGCCGGGCAUGAAGGGGGUUAAAAUCCCUGGCUUGGAUGCCGGCAGUCGCGGGGAAGGGAUUGAUGGGUGGGCCAACGAGGUGCGGAAACGCUGAAGCACUCCCCUAGACUCCACCAUUGUCGGUUUGAUGAUGUGGCGUUUCUUGGACCGAGUGUUUUUCUUAUAGGGGAGUUGUGUCGAACCGCGUGUCCGGCCUUUCUCCUCUGGAGAGGACUUUUCAUCGUGAAAGAGCUUGCCUAUGGCUGGCAUGACUACCAGCCAGGGCAGGGAACCACUCGUUAUAAUAGCAUCAGAUUCCUUCUGUUUGGCGGCGUACAUUCAUCAUUUUGUUGUGCUUUUUGUUUUUGUUGGAAUAGCAAGACCUCUUUCAUGAUCUGUGCAGUUUUGUUUCUAUUGUUCCUUUCACGAUUAGACCAAACAUGACAACAAGCGCAACGUAUAGAAGAGCCCAAGCUAAGUGCUCGUCUCAACAUUUAACAUGGUGCUCAUAAAGUAGAUAAACAGGGGUACAGCUCAGAAGCUUGCACGACUAAUUACACGCGCCCCCUAGAUAUUCAAGCAUUCUCGAACACGUGGGGUUUCAGUAUUUUCC